GUCUGAGGCUGAAACAUCUGCAUUCACAGUCUGAGGCUGAAACAUCUGCAUCCACACGUUCAGCGCGUGUCACCGAAACUUCUCUCCGAGACUCUCGGACUCUCUGCGGCCGCUGUUAGCUCGUUAGCCGCUAACGCCGCUAGCCGCGGGCAGCUGUCACAACAAACCGCUUCCUCCCGGCUAACCUAGCUAGCUAACUCCGAGCUAGCUAACUCCGAGCUAGCCAAGUUAAACCGGGGCCGAGCAGCGAACCCGAGCUUGUUCCCCGGAGCAGCGUUGGUGUCAGACCUCCACUUAGUUCCCGUGUUAGUUUGAAACUUUCCCCGAGAACAGGCCUUUGAGCCGCGGGCUGCUCUUCCUUCACUUUAGCCACUGAGCUAACCGGUUGGUUAGCUAGCUAGCUCCAUGCAGACUAUAAAGUGUGUGGUGGUGGGUGACGGUGCUGUGGGGAAGACCUGCCUGCUCAUCUCCUACACCACCAACAAGUUUCCCUCUGAAUACGUCCCCACGGUGUUUGAUAACUAUGCAGUGACGGUGAUGAUCGGCGGGGAGCCGUACACUCUGGGGCUGUUUGACACUGCAGGUCAGGAGGAUUAUGACAGACUGCGGCCCCUCAGCUACCCUCAGACCGACGUCUUCCUCGUCUGUUUCUCUGUCGUAUCACCCUCCUCCUUCGAGAACGUCAGAGAGAAGUGGGUGCCGGAGAUUUCACACCACUGCCCGCGGACGCCGUUCCUGCUGGUCGGGACUCAGGUAGAUCUGAGAGACGACCCCAACACUCUGGAGAAACUGGCCAAGAACAAACAGCGAGCUCUGACCUGCGAGAGCGGAGAGAAACUGGCUCGGGAGCUCAAGGCCGUCAAAUUCGUGGAGUGUUCAGCUCUCACACAGAGGGGACUGAAGAACGUUUUCGAUGAGGCCAUCCUGGCAGCUCUGGAGCCUCCGGACAACAAACCCAAGAAGCGCUGCGUCCUGCUAUAGAUGUCACGAGAGGAAGCGGAGGUGGACGGGAAAUAGAGAUAAAACCCAGAUGGGAGCGGGGGGGGUGGGGGCGGGGGUGGGGAAGACAGACACACGUUCAAGCAGUGCCUUCAGCCGUAGUGACUUAAUGUGGGUGUGGUGUUGUAACCGACACAAGCUUUGUUUUUACCGUAGACACACGUCAGCGUAACAUGACUAACACAUUCGAACAACACUCCAGAUUCCUGAACAGUGGGAGGAGCCACAGCUGAAACUCCAGAAACAUUACAAAUAAAAACAAGUUCUGAAAAAGAAUUGUGUAAAAUGUCUGAAGUAGAUUUUAGGGGUAAAAACGGAGCGUGAACACACGUGGAGAUCAACCAUCUUUGUUACGCUUAGUGAAAUGAAUCUGUUGCAAUAAUUAAUCUGCUGUUGAUGAUGCAAGUUAAACAAAAGCAACACGUGUUUCUUUAUUAUUUUUUUUAUUUCUGGUAUUUCCACGUAGCGACAAUAGAGGAAACGAUCCAGAGACAUAAUAAACCGACCAAACCUUCUUAAUUAUCUGGAUGAACGCAAACAGAGCGAUUAAAGUACCGACGUUAGUCAAAGGAGUCAGAGAUUCAGAAGUUAAGACUUCAGACAAACGGACGAGCUGCUGCUGUUUCAAACUUCAUCUUCACUUGCGGUGAAGUGUCGAUCGAAGCUGCACACUCGACGGCGUUACUCAUUUAGAAACGUCGGAACUAGUUUCAGUCGUAACUUUGUUCUGUUUCCUCCGAUCACACGAAUAAUCACGGAGCUGUCGCUAACAUUUGGGUUUUCUGCUGAGACGUUUGCACACAACAACAUUUUAUUGUCGCCGUGGCCUUUCUCUGCUGACGUCUCACUGUGGACCCCCAACACACAAGAUCUAUAAAUAUAAGUCUGACGAGGACAGUUAAUCGAGUCGUGUUAUUUUACAGUUUAACUUUUUUAUCAAUAACUUCAAAAAAAAACGAAAAUACAAAUGCAACCAAAUAUAUAGAAAAAAAUCCUCUUUUAUUCAUUGUUUAUUCAGUAAAAUAAAAGUUUUCACAUCAGCAAACAUAAGCACAGAUACUGAUCCGUCUGUGAACGACUCACAUCAGAGCUGUUUUUAAAUCUGUGGGGAUCCAUCGGCGUAACCCUAACCCACAGACAUCAUCUAAUUACUGUUUUUAAAGUGACUUAGUGUUAAAAAAUAAAAUGCCUUAAUUCACAGUCGUCACAUGGAUCAUCCGGUCUCUUGCUUGUGCCGAGUGUGCGACUGUAAACACAUUUCCUUUCCUUUCCGGACCUGCCGCUGCCUCGAUGCUUAAACCAGUUAAAUAUCAAAAGUCGGACCUCACAGUAAGAAAAGUUCAUAUUUAAUUUAAAUCUCAUCUGUCAUCGGUUAGUAAAAUUUACAUUACGCUCCCUCUUCGCACGCUCCUCGCUCCUCCUGGCUCGACUGGAACAUCAAGUGCUCAUCGGUGUAUCAGCGCCUCCUGGAGGCUGCAGAGGGGAGUGUUGCUCGGUUCAAAGGUUGUUCAGUGGCCUGCAGCGAAGGAUCAGAGUUAGUUAACGUGAACACAGCUCAGAUCUUGUGGCUCGUUCACACACAUCAGGUGUGAGAGGUUCCUGGGUCCGGACCAGCGCACCGCCAUGACCCGAGGAGGCGGUCUGGGUCUGGAUCCAACUGAACCGAUGUUGGGUUCUUUUGUUUCUGUUUUUUAACUGAUUAUCUGAUGUGAAGGUGACAACAACUAAAAUCCUUAAACUGAGCAUAUUCCCCAUUAACAGCGACUCAAGUUCCACUUUGCUUUCAUAUGUUUUUCCGUUGUUUUGGAGAUGGCGGUUUAUUCUGAUAACGAAUGGAUGAUUACAAGUAUUAUAUUGUUUCCUUUGCUUCUUUCCGUUUCUUGGGGAUUUUUUGUUUCACCAGGUUUUUUUUGGGACUUUUUAGUCUUUUGUUAUUUAGAUAUUUGAACCUUUACUUGACGGUUGAGUGCCAACAGCUUGAGUGAGAUUCACUGGCCUGGUUCGUCAAACUGAACGAUAAUAAGCUUCUAACUUCAGAAAUAAAAUAAAGAUCACUAUAACAGCUAAAGCAAUAACUACAGAUGUGGAAAACUCUGUACUGAAAGAUGAAUGUUGGAACUAGUGGGUGUUUGGAAAUAAUAAAAACUCUACUUGAA